ACCCACCCAUGGAGGGAAGGCUGCUCAGGUACCUGGGAGCUCACAGAGAUGCUCAUGCCACACAUAAAUCUCAGUUCUAGUGGAACCCUUGUCACUAAGAUUGUUGGGGGCUUCUGGAAGCUAUGCCACCUGUGCAUCUGGCCCUACAUUCCACUGUCGGUUCCUUGAAUCAGCUAACGUCCUCAUCAGACAGCUGAGAGAGAUCCUUUGUGACUUCCCACUUCUCCUAAGAUGGCAGAGCCUGGUGCCAGGAACAGGGACCCUGGAGCCCAAACUGCUUGGAUGGAGUUCCAGCUUGCUUUCUGCGUGAUUCCUCUGAGCCUCGAUAUUGUCAGGGAAAAGAAGUGGGUGACUGUGGGUGACACAUCCCUGCGAAUCUACAAGUGGGUCCCUGUGACAGAGCCAAAGGUGGAUGAUAAGAACAAGAACAAGAAAAAAGGCAAAGAUGAGAAGUGUGGCUCUGAGGUGACCACGCCGGAGAACAGCUCCUCCCCAGGGAUGAUGGACAUGCAUGAUGAUAACAGCAACCAGAGCUCCAUCGCAGAUGCCUCCCCGAUCAAACAGGAGAAUAGCAGUAACUCCAGCCCUGCUCCGGAGCCCAGCUCAGCUGUGCCUGGCGAAGGUACUGACGCCAAGGCUGAUGAGGCCCAGGCCGAUGGGAAGGAGCUCCCUGGGGCCGAAGAUGCUUCUGACGAGCAGAAUUCACAGUCUUCAAUGGAAAACUCGAUGAACAAUUCAGAGAAAGUAGAACGGCAGCCAUCUGGAGACGCGGGUCUAGCUGCAGAGAUGUCCGCAAUCUCUCAGGUACCUCGAUCGAGGCCUCAGAGGGGCAGCCAGAUCAGCCAGGAGCCCGUUGGGGUGUCGGGGGAUUUGGAAGGAGUGCCACCCUCUAAGAAGAUGAAACUGGAGGCCUCUCAACAGAACUCAGAAGAGAUGUAGACACUACAUUCAGUCCUGCUUUCCAUGUUUCACAGGAGGUCCAUCUGCAGGCUGAAUUCUAGAAUAACUUCACCUGAGCAGUUCCUCUCGGGUGCAGACAGAACUACUAAUUUUCCAAGUUUACCAAGUGCAAAUCCAAGAAAACCGAGAACAGCGUAACUUCUCAGACACUGAAGAACUUUCUGCUGUGAAGCAAAACCCUUGAGUGUUGAAGGGACUGACUGUCUUUGGGAAGGCGGGGUCGACAGCUCAGGAGUGUCUGCACACUGUCUCUGAAGCCAAGAUCACAUUUGUGUUGCUGCUGUAUUGUUUCAUCCCCUCCCCACCUCUCCCCCACUUCUCUAUUUAACGAUAUAAGCUAUUUGAGGGUGGUACCGAUCAGGGAAUCGGUUUUCAUCGGGGCUUUCCACUGUUUGCCCGAUUCCUCCCGCUUUCUUUUUUUGUGCCUUGUGCCCUUGAGGUGACCUCUGGCAUGUUUUCCUGGUUGUUUUGCAUCUCCCUUUGCAAAGUGCCCUCGGGUUUUGUCCAGGUGGCUGAUGCCUCCAUCCUCACGCCUCUCCUCCCUGGCCCAGGACUUCAAUCCUAGCAGAGCAGGCAGGGAGGAGGGGGAUCCCGAGACCUCCGAAGAAUGGGACUUCCUCAGCCACCUGAUUUGCAGGUGUGGGGGUGUUGGGCACACCCUGGGGCCCUGGCUCCUAGGUCCAAGGUUCGAGGAAUCUCACAUGUCGGGGCACUACCCUGAAGGGCUGGCUACUUGAUGUGCUCUCAGCUUCUUCGGGGCAUCUGAGGCCAGUGUUUCCAAGCCCACCCGGACGGACACACAGAACCCUUCGAUUGUUCUGGCACUUGCACCCUCUACCCCCACCAUACCGCUUUCUCCCACACCUCCGAAGACGAAAUGGCUUCUGCGGCUGACUGCAGAAUUGUCUCCUUAGGACGAUAAAAGGGCUGAGGAGGCUGGGAGCAGAUGGCAGGAAGAGCUGGUGCUGAACUUUCUCUCCUAGGAUGUUGCCUGGAUUUCAAAUCCGCAGUAACCUGCUACCCUCUGCCUUCCUCCCCCUCCCCCCCACAUAGGGAGGCAAGAUUGCAAAGCAUGUUCCUGACUCUCAGAGCCAAUAAUCUGAUGGCCUCUCAUACCUGGGACGCUGACCGUCCCCAGCAGGGAGCAGACCCUGAUGAUUGAGCCUCAAAGGCCAGGAACCAGGCACCCAGGAGUGGAAAGCGCUACAGUCCUCCAGAAAGGGGUGAUUGAGUCCCUCCCCUUGCCUCUGUCCUCUGCCUGAGCCGAGACAGCUUCCUCUCACUAAAAGGGAGAUGUCCCCUUGGAUGAACUGCCUGAUUGUUUGGUUCUGAGGCCUGGUUUGCUCUUACUUCCUAGAUGGACUCCUCGGAUCUUAACCCUUUUCCUGAGCUUUCUUUACUGCACUGGACUUGCAACUCCCUUUGAGUUGAGUGAGGGGUGGGUGGGGGGUUUGCUUUGUUCUGUGGUUUUUUGUUUUUGUUUUGUUUUCGUUUUUAUUUUGCUGAUUGGUGCAUAUUCAGGUACCACCUUUGAUACCUUUGACGUGUGGAUCUCUCUCCUGACCACCAUGGAAAGUGUCUGCCAGAUUCCUUUCAAAGUUUCUGAGGGUGAGGCUCUUUUUUUUUUUAAGGGAGCCAAUCUAUAUCCUGCACUUCAAGAAGAAUCAAAAUGUUCCUGAAUUUCAAAUACCUCAUGCAAAAAUGUCUCCUGAAAUAAGGGAAAAAAAAAAAAAACUUUGAAAAUCUUAAUGUUGAAGUUUGCAAUGCCGAGAAAGGUUUCUGUCUUAAAAAAAAUAUCCUUCUCAAUUUUGCCCCUCAGGCAGCCAGUCCUGUGCAGAACUGUGCUCUGCGUUACCUCUCAGCGUAUCUCAAGGCGGCUUUACCUCCAGAUCCUCUAGAGCUAGAGUAACUUGUUUUCCUUUGCAGCAAAAACUCCAUUUUGAUGCAAGAUGAAUUUGGAUAUUUAUUUCCUUUCUUUUUGGGGAAUGAGAGGUUAGAACCAAGACAGCUGAAGGAGAAUGACACGCAUCCACAGAUAUGGCAGGUCGGCCGCGGUGGGUCUCCCUGGGUCUCCUGGUUGCGGUGGCCUCUCUGGACAGGCAAAGGGGGAGUCAACGGCAGCGGUUGAGGAUGAAGAUGACAUCCGGGACACACCGAGGCUGUCAUUUGUUUUUCUCUGAAGUGCCUGAAGGUAGGAAGGAGCCCGUGGCCCGGACCACCCCCCACCCCCUGCCCCGGCCCCUGCCAUGGCCAGGCCCGGCCAAGCGCCAGCGGCCCUGCACUCCUCUCUGGCCAGGAAAGCCUUCCACGUGGGACGGUGAGACUGCAAAAAUCCAGAUGUGCUUCCUUCCCCGAUGCAGCCCACUGCUCGGAGCCACCGUCCCCCACCCACCCUGCGCCCCUCACCCGCCUCCCACCACAGAAUCUAAGACCUUGCGGCCGGUGAGGCAGUGAGCCGGGGUGAGGAGUCCUCCCCAGAUGCCUUCCACGGACACCAGGCCCCACGGCCUAAAGGGCUCCCAGGGCAGCCUUCCUCCCGCCACUCAUGAAGUUGGGGGAGCUUCGGCUACACAUUCCACAAAGUGCUGGCACUUACACCCGCAAACCUGGAAGGCAGUGGACCUAUUUCUAGGGUGGUGACCUCCCAUAACAAAUGAUGUCAUGGUUUGGAAUGUUCAUUAUCGCCAAGGACCUGGUUAGAGGUAUAAAAAGACCUUUUUUUCACCGUUACCUAAUUUUUUUUUUUGUCCUCUUAUGUUUUGGGUUUUUUGUUGUUCGUUUGUUGUUGAGUUUUUUUUUUUUUUUUUUGGUGUGUUGUACAGCAGUAUAAUUUUUCACUUAUUUAUUCCAUCAGUAGAUAUGGUUUGUACAAUGUACAAUGGUUCCAUUUCAGAAAAUAAAAAAAUUCAA